AUGAUGUUCAUGAUGGAAGGAGAGGAAAAGCUGUGGGUGCCUGACCUCCAGGUCUCUGUGGGAAGGGAGAUCCUGAGAGGGGCCUGCAAAGGUGAUGGGACUCUGAGUGAGAGCGAGGAGGAGACUCCCCAGCAGGAAGGUGCUGAGCCCAGGAUGGUGUCAGGAAGAGUCGAAGGGGAUGUUUCCCAGAGCCCCAAGCCUAGAAUCCAUAUGGGCGAGAGACCCUAUAAAUGUGAGAAGUGCAGGAAAAGCUUCAGUCUGAGCUCGAUCCUUUUUGAGCACCAGAGAAUCCACGUUGGAGAGAAGCUUUAUAAAUGCUCUGACUGUGGAAAAAACUUUAGAGCCAGGAGGUACCUUAUUCAGCAUCAGAGACUCCUCCUGGGAGAGAAACCAUACAGGUGCUCUGAGUGUGGGAAGAGCUUCAGCCAGAGCUCAACUCUUAUCAGGCACCAGCAAAUCCACACAGGAGAGAGACCCUACAAAUGCCAUGACUGCAGGAAAAGCUUCAGUCAGAGCUCCAACCUCAUCAUGCAUCAGAGAUCCCACACGGGAGAGAGACCAUACAUAUGCCCUGACUGCGGGAAAAGCUUUGGCCGGAGCUCAAUCCUUAUUCGACACCAGAGAACCCACAUACACUAG